ACAAUGUUUUACAAUUUUACAUUAUGAUGGGUUCAUAUUCAUAAUAUUUAUGGAAAGUGGAACUUGUAACUGGAAGUCAUUGAAUUUUGAACAAUAAAUACUGAAGUGUUAAAAUAUUUGGUAAACCUCAAUAUUUUAGAUAAGAUCGAUAUCAUUUUCGACUUCAUAAACACAGUAAAACGAAAUCAUAAUAUUAUAUCGACGUGUUUUAUUAAAUCCUACGACUAUUGUGUAAUUGGGAUGGAGACAUUAGAUCAAACAAUAUCUAGCCUUUUUUUGGGCAUUAAAGUUAAACCUGGGCCUAUUGAACGCUUCAAAAUAGAAAAUUAUACACUGAAUCACACUGUAUCUAAUCUGAAAUCCGAAGCCGAAAAGAAGACAGAAUUACCAUCAGCAUCUCUGGAACUCAUAUACCAUGGCAAGAUACUGAAUGAUGAUGAGACACUGCAGGAUAAUGGAAUAAAAAAUGGUGAAAUGAUUCAUGUUGUAAAGAAAAAGGCACAAAACCCGACCCCACCACCUCCAACAUUUACUGAUGCUGCAUUAGCAGGCUUGAACUGUACAUUAAGAACCUUAGGAUGCACACCAAAUGCACUAGGAUGGACAAGAGCAAUGCAGCUAUUAAACAACGAAUCUGUUAUGGAUGAGAUCAUUGACAACUAUCCAUCACUCGCUGAAGACUGCACAGCGCUAUCAAUCCUUCACGAAGUAGAAUUGUUAGCAGCACUUGGAGCUGAUGUUCAGACCAUGAGGCGUGGAGCCCAAGCGCAUCCAGACUUGCCGAACGCGUUGCGCCAUCUGUUGAGACUUUUGUGCACAAGUUGCCAUGCUACAACUUCGGAUACUACACCUACAUCGGGAUUUGCGUACUCUCUCGAGGCCCUAUCUGAAGAUGAGGAUGCUGAAGAAGAAGAAACUGAGGAGACUGAAUCCAGGAGUACCAUCACACAGGCCCAACUAGCUGCUGCUCUACAGGCAGCAACAGAAAGUGUAGUUUCGACCAGUCAAUCGGGAGUGCGCCGCCGUGCCAAUCAGAACGACCUGAUCAGACUACUGAACGAGACGGGCAGACCUGAACAAAACUCCUCUACCCAAGAGACCACUGGUGCGAGUAGCAGUGAGCUAAUGAUCACCCCAGAGAUGGUGAGCCGGGCGAUAGCAGACGUUGUGAACCGAUACGGCCGGGACUUUACUGAGCCGGCGUCGACUCCCCUACCCAUGGAACAGAGUGCAGCAGCAUCGUCGUCCCAUAGUCCGGUGGAGAGAAACGAAGGCAACGAGGAUUACUCAACUCAACUCAGCCACAUGCGAGAAAUGGGCUUGCUUGACGACCGGCUCAACGUGCGCGCUCUGCAUAUAUGUUCUGGUGAUGUCAACGCAGCCAUUAAUUUGGUGUUUAGUGGAGCCAUAGGAGACGAUUAACAUACAGAGUUGCGUCAUAUAGGCGGUGCUCUUGGCAAAACAGUUACUUCUAACAAAUCUAUAUAUUUUGACAUUGACAUAUAAAAAGUUAACCUAUUAAUAAAAUAAUUUUUCAAGGACUAAAACCCCUGUAAUGAAACUAGAAUUUUAAAUUAGGUUUACGUAAAUCAUUUGAAAUUUGUAACAUGCGCGUUAAUGAAAGAAAAUAUUAAUAAGAAACAUUUUUAGGUCAUCAUGCAAACUAUGCACAUGUUAAUUUUGGCAAGUGCUACAAUAAACAUUAACAUAAAAAAAUAAAACUCCACCACUUUGUCAACAUUUUAAUUAUAAUUUAUCUCUCAUUUAAAUACUGUUAUCACUAUAAUAAUAUCACUGGAUAAAUCCUUAAGGGCAAGAAAUAAACGAUAUUUAUGUCAUAUUAUAA